UUAUCUUCUUCUUCUUCUUCAUCUUCAUCUUCACUGCGUGUUACCUCCACAAUGCUACUACUCACAAACUCUCUCUCUUUCCUACACUCCAACACAAGGUCUCUCCCUCACACCAAACCCUGGCCGCCGCCGCCGCCGCCUUUCCCGUUCCUCCACCCAAACUCCCGCCAUCUCCGCCUCCCUCCUAACUCCAAGGUCGUUCGAGGCGUGAGAUUCGACGGCCCGGCCAUCGAUAUCAGCCAAGUGACGGACACCGACGACGGCGAUUUGAUAAUCGAGACUUGCCUCACGCGGAACUUGACUCCGGCGUUGUCUAUUGAGCAAGGGCUUCAGAGGAUCAAGGAGGCGGUUGAGGAGUUGAAGCUCAAUCCUCCUUCAACUUGUAGUGGAAUUCUCAGGUUUCAGGUGGCUGUGCCGCCGAGUGCGAAAGCCUUGAACUGGUUUUGCUGCCAACCGGAGUCGUCUGUGGUCUAUCCACUGUUUUUUGUUUCCAAGGAAACUGAAAAUCCGAGCUAUAAAUCACUGUAUGUGAAUGAAACUCGAGGAGUUUUCGGAAUCGGUGCUGCAAUUUACUUCACACCUUCUUCUAAUUCUUCUUCUUCGAUCAAAAGAAUUCUAUCAAAUGAAUCAGCUUUUGUAAUAGCUUAUGGUUUUAUGGAUAUUAGUUACGACCAAGAGUCAUCUUAUAUGAAGCAUGAGGCAGGUUCAUAUUACUUUUUUAUUCCUCAGAUUGAGUUACAUGAGCAUGAGGGCGCUUCUGUAUUAGCAGCAACUAUUGGUUGGAGUGAGUCUUCCCCUUGUACAUUUGAGGAAGCUGUUCUUUCUUAUGAGUUAUGUUUCAACCAGGUUACCUGUCAAGUUUGUUCCACAACAAAGAAAUCCCUCACCACAAAUAUAAGAUCUACUCUUAGGAAGCUCAAUCUUCUGGAGGAUGGAAUGGUUUCUAUGGUACACAUGAACAUGCUGUUAGCAGGUGGAAAAAACAUUUCGUCUGACAUCAUGGCACUGAAAGAGGCUCCGUCUUCCUCCCAGUUUUGUGUGAGGCUUUCACCGACCAUGGCUGUUGCUAAUAAAAUGUUGGAUCAUGCCAGUAAAAUGUGCUUCUCAGUGCAAGAUAGUGGCAACAUCAACACUGUUUGGGCAUCACUUAUAGUUGAAGAAUGUUCUCGACUUGGUUUGACGUAUUUUUGUGUAGCUCCAGGAUCAAGAUCAUCCCCCCUUGCUGUUGCUGCAUCCACUCAUCCACUUAUUACAUGUAUUGUAUGUUAUGAUGAACGCUCACUUGCAUUUCAUGCUGUUGGGUAUGCAAGAGGAUCUGGCAAACCAGCAGUAGUCAUAACAUCAUCUGGCACUGCAGUUUCAAAUCUUCUUCCUGCUGUGGUCGAGGCUAGUCAAGAUUUUGUACCACUUAUAUUGCUCACAGCUGAUCGUCCUGCAGAACUGCAGGAUGCUGGAGCAAACCAAGCAAUCAAUCAGGUAAACCAUUUUGGCUCUUUUGCACGGUUUUUCUUUAGCCUUCCUGCACCCACAGAUCAUAUUUCAGCUCGCAUGGUGCUUACAACACUCGACAAUGCUGUACAUUGGGCAACCUCUUCACCAUGUGGGCCUGCUCAUAUUAACUGUCCUUUCAGGGAGCCACUAGAAGAUAGCCCUAGAAAAUGGAUGUUGAGUUGUUUGAAUGGAUUAAACCAUUGGAUGUCUAAUUCUGAACCAUUUACCAAGUAUAUUCAAGUACAACAUGCUCAUACAAGUAAUGAUGGUUGUGGCGGAAUGUCAGAAAUUCUAAAUGUAAUUAAGGGAACUAACAAGGGUCUUCUACUUAUCGGUGCAAUCCAUUCAGAAGAUGAGAUGUGGGCAGUUCUUCUCUUGGCUAAACACCUUCACUGGCCUGUUAUAGCUGACAUCUUGUCAGGAUUACGAUUGAGAAAGCUUUUGACUAGUUUCCCUGAAGUUGACAAUGAUUUAUUGUUUGUUGAUCAUCUUGACCAUGCCUUACUGUCAGAUUCUGUCAGUAAAUGGAUUAACAUUGAUGUGAUUAUUCAGAUUGGGAGCAGGAUUACAAGCAAGCGUAUUGCUAAGAUGCUAGAGGAAUCCUUUCCCUGCUCAUAUAUCAUGGUUGACAAGCAUCCAUUUCGUCACGAUCCUUCUCAUAUUGUAACUCAUAGAGUCCACAGCAACAUUUUUGAAUUUGCUGAUUAUAUCCUUAAAGCUGAAUUUCCCCAUCUCAGCAAGGAAUGGAGCACUUAUCUUCAAAUGAUAAAUGCAAUGGUUGAAAGGGAGUUGUCAUUUCAAAUUUCUGCUAGACACUCCUUGACAGAACCUCAAGUCGCAUACCUAAUUUCAGAAGCACUUUCAGCUGAAUCUGCUCUUUUCAUUGGGAACAGUAUGGCAAUACGUGAUGCAGAUAUGUAUGGGCGUGGUUGGUCAGAGUAUACACGUAGUAUUGUUGCCAUGAAUUAUAAAUUACCCUGUCAAAUGAUUCGGGUGGCUGGGAAUAGAGGUGCAAGUGGUAUUGAUGGGUUACUCAGUACAGCUGUUGGCUUUGCUAUAGGAUGCAAUAAACGAGUACUUUGCGUGAUUGGAGAUGUUUCCUUCCUCCAUGAUACAAAUGGCUUAGCAAUUGUGAACCAGAGGACGUUCCGGAAACCAAUGACGAUAGUUGUGAUUAACAAUCAUGGUGGUGCAAUAUUCAGUCUCCUUCCUCUUGCAGAUAGAGUCAAACCAAGAAUACUAAACCAAUAUUUCUACACCUCUCACAACAUAUCAAUCCGUGAGCUUUGUGUAGCACAUGGUGUGAUGCAUCUACAUGCGAAGACAAAGUUGGAUUUUGAAGAUGCAUUAUUCACAUCCCAACAUGGAGGGAUGGAUUGUGUCAUUGAAGUUGAGAGCUGCAUAGAUACCAAUGCCAGCUUUCACAGUACUUUAAAAACAUUUGCAUGCCAAGCAGCAGAUCAAGUCAUAAAGCCUUCUAGUCAAGACUCGAUAUUAGAUGACACUUUACUCUGCAGAGUCCAUAGAAUGGAGUACUCAUUGUUUAGAAUGCCACUGUGUGCUCCUCAUACUAUGGUUUCUGUUGAUGGCGGUACCACCAGCUUCCACAGGGAAGGGUUUAUUUUAACUUUGUAUUUUGAAGAUGGAAGCUUUGGGCUUGGCGAGGUUUCACCCCUAGACAUCUACAAAGAAAACCUUCUAGAUGUAGAAGAGCAACUGAGGUUUCUCAUCCAUAUGAUGAAAGGAGCUCAUAUCAGUUGCUUCCUUCCUCUGCUAAAGGGCUCGUUUUCAUCUUGGAUAUGGUCCAACCUUGGAAUCCUGCCAUGUACGCUCUUUCCUAGUGUGAGAUGUGGUUUGGAAAUGGCAAUUCUCAAUGCCAUAGCAAAUAGACAAGGUUCCAAUUUAUUAGGAAUACUCCAUCCCCAGAUAGUUGGAGAUAUAUUUAAAUCGUCAUCAACAGUUCAGAUUUGUGCCCUUGUUGAUUCCAGUGGGACACCCACACAAGUAGCUGAUGCUAUUGCUACACUUGUUGAAGAAGGAUUUACUGCAGUAAAGAUUAAGGUAGCUCGUUGUGGGAGUCCCUUACAGGAUGCUGCAGUUAUACAAGAAGUAAGAAAAAAAGUUGGAUACCAUAUUAAAAUUCGUGUAGAUGUCAAUCGGAACUGGACCUAUGAAGAAGCUAUCCAGUUUGGUUCCUUGGUAAAGGAUUGUGAUCUGCAGUAUAUCGAGGAACCUGUUCAAAUUGAAGAAGAUAUUAUCAAGUUUUGCAAAGAAAGUGGGUUGCCUGUGGCACUGGAUGAAACUAUUGACAAUAUUGGAGAACAUCCACUUAUAAAGCUCUCAAAGUAUGCCCAUCCAGGAAUAGUAGCUGUUGUCAUCAAGCCAAGUGUUGUUGGUGGCUUUGAAAAUGCAGCAAUAAUUGCCCAAUGGGCCCAGCAGCACCAGAAAAUGGCUGUUGUUAGUGCUGCAUUUGAAAGCAGCCUAGGUUUGUCAGCAUAUAUUCAGUUUUCCUGUUACCUCAACCAGAUGAAUUCAGAGAUUUGUACAAUGAUGAACUAUCCAUUAGCCUCAUCCAUAGCCCAUGGUUUAGGAACUUACCGCUGGCUAAAAGAAGAUUUGACGACUACUCCUCUCAAGAUAAAUCGUAAUCCACGUAGUGGGUUCGUAGAAGCAUCUGUUGCUGAUUCUGAUCGAGUUCUGCAGCAAUUUCAAAUCAAUGGAAACAUAAUUCGUAGAAAGUUUACUGGAGAGCAAGUUUGUAUAUACCAGUUGCCUUUAGAUUCAAAGGGUUUAUCUUGCUCCAUCAAAAUUCAGGAGAUUGGACAAGGAUAUGAUGAUAAUGUAUUUGUAUUUCUUCAUGGGUUUCUUGGAACUGGUGAAGAUUGGAUUGCUAUCAUGAAGGCCUUAUCAGGAUGUGGAAGAUGCGUUUCUAUUGACCUUCCUGGUCAUGGUGGAACCAAGAUACAAAGUCAUGGUGAUAAGGAUGCUGUACAGGCUUCAGGUUUGUGUGUUGAGGUAGUUGCCGAUCUUUUAUGUAAAGUGAUUGAGCAUAUUACUCCUGGGAAGGUUACCCUUGUCGGAUAUUCUAUGGGAGCCAGGAUCGCCCUUUGCAUGGCUCUGAAGCUUACUAAAAAAGUUAAGGGAGCUAUUAUCAUAUCUGGCAGCCCUGGAAUAAAUGAUGGAAUGGCAAGAAAAAUUCGUAGAGCUGAAGAUGACUCUAGAGCACGCUUCCUUGCUGCAUAUGGCUUAAAGCACUUUCUAGACACCUGGUAUGCUGGAGAGCUUUGGAACAGCAGCUUAAGGGAACACCCUCACUUUCAUCAGAUAGCCACCGACCGCCUGCAUCAUGGAGAUGUGCAGAGUCUUGCAAAAGUUCUGUCUGCUUUAAGUGUUGGGAGGCAGCUGCCAUUGUGGGAAGACUUGAAGCACUGCAAAACGCCUCUUUUGCUCAUUGUUGGAGAGAAAGAUAAAAAAUUCAAAACAAUAGCUCAGGAUAUGUUCCUUGCGAUUGGUAGUGGCAAUGGCAAAUUGACUGGAGAUGAUGGCGCACCCAACGACCUUUGUGAGAUUGUUGAGAUCCCAGAUUGUGGACAUGCUGCUCAUCUGGAAAACCCUCUCCCUGUAAUCAGGGCAUUAAGGCAAUUUGUGACGAAACUGAACUGAGGUUUGUACUAAAUUAACCACCAUACAUCCAUUCAAGGAUGCUGUAAUCAUCUGCAGCUUAUUCA